UGUUCUCAGCAAGCUGGAAGAAUGGACGUCGCGUCCUGCACACAUGCGCCGUUAUGUUGCGUCUCGCUGUUUUUAUCAGGGUUUUGCGCCACCAGCGUUGCGUUUUAAGACGCGUAUCAAGUUAAAAAUAGUUUAGCUGUUAAAACGCUUUUAGCUGUUGAGUUCCCCGCGGUGACGGUUACAUUUUGUUGUGAGCUUUAUUUAAACGCAAGGCUUAACGAAUCGAUUACAGCGCGCUUACAGUGCAGCAAGUUUGUUUAUUGUGACGCUAUUGUGAUAGCGUUGUAGUUGGUCGCGUCGCGUCCAGUGUAGAUGGGUUGUAGGAUGAACAGACGUGGGGAGGGUUUGGCUGGCCAAUGCGCCAGUAGACGCCAAUGGCUUGAAAAGCCGCUUCUGUGUGCAUGAUAGUAUGAAGACGCUGCGACUCUCAGAGGCGUAGAGAUUUCACACAGCUGCGAUUACGAAAAUAUUCCGAAUAUCUGAUAAUAAAUGGACAGACUAGGAGUAGAAGCAUUCGCGAUCCACUUGUCACCAAGGGAGAGCAAUUAUUGGAAAUAAUGGGGAAUACAACACCCAAACCACUAAUAGACGCCAGCCUACAGCAUCGCUCAGUGGCCACUCGGCAGUACUGCACUGUUUCCAACAGUGGAGUAGAGCGCCGCACCUCUGCUCCUCCAAUCAGCAUCGAGUCUCCUCGUUUUCACCCCCAUGCCAAGGGCAAAAAUAUUCGACUGGACACGCAGCUGCGGCGGGCCACCCGGAAGAACAGUUUCUGCAAUGGCAUCACCUUCAGCCAGCGUCCUGUGCGUUUGUAUGAGAAGGUACGAUUGCGCCUCUCAGGUGUCCACACAGGCUGGAGCGGAGCUCUUCGUUUUGGUUUCACCAGCUUAGACCCUAGCGAGCUUGCCUUAGCUGACAUCCCCAAAUAUGCUUGCCCCGACCUGGUGACGCGGCCAGGAUACUGGGCCAAGGCCCUGCCUGAGAGACUGGCCAUGCGGGACAAUGUUGUGGCUUUCUGGGCUGACAGACAUGGCCGGGUCUUCUACAGCAUCAAUGACGGCGAGCCCAUACUCUUCCACUGCGGUCUAAGCGUUGGAUGUCCACUCUGGGCCAUCAUAGACAUCUACGGAAUCACACAAGAAGUUACAUUGCUGGAGAGCACGUUUGCUGAGAGCGUGGGCACAAGCUGUCUGAGUAGCACUCGACUCAGUGCCUGUCUUCCCCAGAGCAACCACGACUCGGCCAACUACAGCAACAACCAGCUAGAGAGCAACCAGGCUGCAGCAGCUAAAUUUGCCACGCUUCAGCUCAGCAACUACAACCAGCUCAUCCCCUGCUGCUCCACUUCCUCUAUACCUUCUUCAUCCUCCUCCUUCAACGUGCAGAGAGCCGCCCGUGGGCUCUCAACGCCCCUUGACGCUAACCUGCAUUUUCACCCAGUGCGAGGCCCUGACGUGGUUCUCUCGAAUGAUCGCACAGUUGCAUGUACCCACUUCCUGGACAGCAGCAGGACGUUGAUGUUCAGUGACAGGCCCGUCCGGGUUGGCGAGACUCUGUACGUGGAAGUGGGCCAUCUGGGCUUGCCCUACUUUGGGGCUCUUCUCUUUGGUAUGACCUCUUGCGAUCCAGGCACCCUCAAUGCUGGAGAGCUGCCAGCUGACCCAGAGGUGCUUCUGGACCGCAAGGAGUACUGGGUGGUCUACAGGGGUUUUCCUGUGCCAGCGGCUGGUGAUGUGCUCAGCUUUACCUUUCUGGCCAAUGGGGAGGUGCAUCACGGUGUCAAUGGAGGUGCACGCGGUCGUCUCCUGUGUGUCGACUCCUCUCAGGUUCUGUGGGCCUUCUUCACAUUGCAUGGAGCUGUUAACCGCCUCAGAAUAUUAGGAACUGUUCAGGCCAGCCCUCCCACCUCCCCAUCAGUGUCUCAGGUAUCAACGCCUGAUGACAGUGACUCUGAUCUGGCUUUCACUGUCAACAGAUCCUCAUCAGCAUCUGAAUCCUCUCUAGUGACGGCUCCCAGCUCUCCUCUCAGUCCACCUGUAUCACCGACUCUUUCCUCAUCAGAUGCGCCCCUGAGCGGCAAGAGCAGUGAGUGCACAGUGUGCUUCGAUCAGGAGGUCGACACCGUCAUCUAUACAUGUGGACACAUGUGUUUGUGUAAUGACUGUGGACUGAGGCUCAAGAGACAGAUCAAUGCGUGUUGCCCGAUCUGUCGGAGACCCAUAAAGGACGUCAUAAAAACCUACAGACCAUGAAGGGACUACAUUUUCUAUCAAAUGAUUCAGUGCAAAACUUGGUAGCUGUGGUUUAAUAUCUGGACUAAACUUGUAUUUAAGUGUAUGUAGCUUUGAUUUGUGUAGCAUCAAGCUCUUGUUCAUAUUUCUCUCACCUCACAUGUUAAGCGCAGAUCAUCUGAAGCUGAAGAUGAUUUAUGGUUUGAGAGUUAAUCUCAAUUUUGAUCAGAUACUUCUAGUGCCUUUAACAUUGUUUAUCAUUUCUCAAGCAGCACCUAAUGAAUUAGACAAUCAUUAUCUGAGAUGUACUGCAUAGGUAUGAAUUAAAAAAAUAAUUCAGAGGGACCUCAAGGUAUGAAGGAAAGAAUGUUUUAUUGUGUAAGUAAAUAAUACACAGGGCUACAAAUAUGAUUUAUAUCUUAUUUUAAAGGAGUAAAAAGCUAUUGUUUGGCUUUCUGAUUGCGGUGUUAAAGUGAAGAAAGAUUUGCGUUCUGACAGUUUAACCCCCAGUUUCACAGACAAGGCUUAAGCCUAGUCCCAGACUAAAAUGUAAGUCUGGAGUGUUUCAAUUUAAAAUAUAUCAAUGCUUUUGUUUUGUCUCAAGAUACACACCAGUAAUUUUUUUUUUCCAAGCACAUUUAUAAAAAUGACUUAAAUGUCCUAAUUGCCCAAUCCUGGCUUAGUCUAAGCCCUGUCUGUGAAACCGGGCCUAAGGGUUUGGAGAUUUGUUGCACUUAUAACUAGAGGUAAACUCAGCACUAAAAACACAUCUGUCCCUCUGAAUUGACUCUGAUUUCAGAUGUGGAUCUUGAGGACUUUGUUUUAAGAACAAAAAUAUUUUCUUUAUAUAACAGAGUGUUGUGGUAUUGUAUUGUAUUUCAUGUUUUUCCCAAGAUUUUUGUUUGUAUGUUUUGUGUUGGAAUUUAUUACAUGGAAAAUCUGCCAUUUUCUUCUUACCUUGACAUGUUGUGCAUUUAGCAGUAUAAAGUUAAACCACGAAUA